UUUCAGUUAUCGUAGUCGCUUUAUGUUCUUCGCAUUCCGCUGCUUUCUUGCAUUCCGUUCAGUACAUUGCUGGUGAUACUCAGAUCCAAAAGAUGAGGUUAAUAAUCGUGCUGUCCAUCUUGUGCUUGGCCGUGAUCAUAUCGGCCAAGAAGCAGCACCAUGAGGAGAAUAUUGAUACAAUUGAAGAGAACAGAGAACACAACGAGAAGAAAUACUCAAAAGAUCAUCAGAAAUCUCAUCAUUCCGGCCACAAACACAAAAAGCACUCUCAAGAGAAACUACCUAGCGAUGCUGAACCUCAACCCAAAAGCGCUCCACUUGAAGUACCUGAAUCAGAAAUCAAGCUGCAGGAAGACGUUGAAACUAGCAAAAAAGUGGUAGCUGACCAAAAGCACAAAGAGCAGAUCGAUGACCUUCAUUUGCAGGAUUUGACUUACGAAGAUAAUUUGAAAAAGGAUAAGAAAAAGAAGAGUCAUCAUGGCACUCAUCAUGGUGAAGUUAUCAACAAGAAGGAAAAGAAGUUGUUUUCAGAGCAUGAGACAAAGAAUCCUGUAGAUGAAAAAGUGAUUGAAGAUUCUUUCGAACCUUUGAAGGAGACACAUACGGAGAAUGCUAAGAAAAGCAAAAAGUCAAAGGAAAAGAAAUCAAAAGAUCAGAACAAAAAGAAAGCUUAUGAAAAGAAAGACAAAAAUAAUAAGAAAUCAAAGGAUUCCAAGAAAAGCAAGGAUAAAAAGAAUAAAAACAAAGAUAAAAAGAAGUGGUAAUUCAAGAAAAGUUGAACUAUUUAAAAUGUUAAUUUAAUUAAAAACAGUACUUCUAAGGUACUGAAUUCAGUUUGAAAUCGUGAUUGUCAUUUUCAUCAGUGUAUCAAUAUGUGGACAUAUUUUGACUUAUUGCAUCGUUGUAUGUGAAUCACUUUUGUACUUACUUUGCAUAUUUUUAAAAGUUAUUUGUACUUCUUUAA